UAUUUCACGCGCUAGGUCCCUCCCCUCAAACACGCCACACACACCUCUUCUCUCACCCUGUCUCUGUCUCUGUCUACCUCUCCCCAAAACCAUGGAGAACAUCGGCGAAGAGUAUAGGCAUUACUGGGAAACCAACAGGUUCCUUCAAACCGAAGAGCUCGACAGCUGGGGAUGGGACGAGGCCUUCUCCGGUUACUACGAUUCCAGCUCGCCGGACGGCGCCGCCUCUUCCGCCGCCUCCAAGAACAUUGUCUCCGAGAGAAACCGCCGGAAGAAGCUCAACGAGAGACUCUUCGCUCUCAGAGCCGUCGUCCCCAACAUUAGCAAGAUGGACAAGGCUUCCAUAAUUAAGGAUGCGAUCGAUUACAUCCAACACUUGCACGAACAGGAGAGGAGUAUUGAGGCGGAGAUAUCGGAGCUUGAAUCCGGCAAGCAGAUCACGAAGCAGAGCUCGAGCGAUAUCGAUUACGAGCAAGACCUCCCGGUCCUGCUCAGGUCCAAGAAGAAGAAAACAGGGCAGCAGCUUUACGAUUCUGCUAUCAGUUCAAGAAAUUCCCCAGUGGAAGUCCUCGAGCUGAAGGUGACGCACAUGGGAGAGAAGACGAUCGUGGUGAGUUUGACGUGCAGCAAAAGGACGAACACAAUGGUGAAACUGUGCGAAGCGUUCGAAUCUCUGAAGCUGAAGAUCAUUACGGCCAAUAUAACUUGUUUCUCUGGCAGGCUCGUAAAGACAGUCUUCGUGGAGAUUGAUAAAAAUGGUCGAGAACAAGAUUCAUGCAUAUUCAUGUUUACACAGAAACCAGAUUGGCAAAAUACAACUAACAACCACCUCAGACUGAGAGGUAUGCGUAGUUGUCACACUACUAACCUAUGUUUUGUCGUGUUGCUUUGCCUUUUGCAUUUUGUCGUUUCAGGCAGAUGAGGAAGAGAAAGAUCUCUUGGAGAUAAAAAUCCAAACGGCCAUUGCAGCUCUUAAUGAUCCUGAUAGCCCUAUGAGCAUCUAAUCGACGAUGAAUUUCAGAGUGAACGAAUUGGGGGUUUCCUUCCUUCUUUCUUCUUGUUGUUUCACUCAAAGUUUACAUCAUGGGAGAGUCUGUGAUCUUGUUUUCUUAGAAAGCUUGGGUUUGUCCUAUAUGCUUUGAUUUAUGUAAAACCUAAGUUUUAAGUUUGAUGUUUGCAAUAAAGUUGCAUUUCAUGUUA